AGAUUCUUUUUUUUCUCCCCAGAUUCUUAUAACUUGGGUAAAGUUUCCCAGUUGAAAGAGUCACAUUAGACAUGGAGGCAAGACCGGGCCCACAGGUGAAGACAGCACCUUAUUCUAGUGACCCAGAUCCCAUGAUAUACGGGUUGAAGAUGCCUGUUGCAGGUCAGGCAGGAGUUUCUCACCCCCUGCAGGAAAAAAUCAGCAAAAAAGCAAUCAUUGAAGAAAUGAGCAUUCACUCAUUACAGAAGAUACAGGACGAGAUGAUCGACUUCACCAGCUUCCUAAACCCUCCUGAGUUUCAAGAGUCUACAGCACAGCCUCACAUCAUGAUUGAGAAAAAACUUGGUCUCCUU